CUUGCUUUUGUGGACCUCUCUCAGAACUUCUGAAGAGGCGACGAAGUCUGGAACUCGAGUAUUGCAAACAAUUACUCGUACCGUUCUUCCCCUUCUCUGGUGCACUCGGAUGAGCCUGAGAUUUCCGGUGUUGCGUUCAAUGUCCUUUGAUUUGGAUUGAAUUUUGUUGCGGAGUGGACGCGAAUUGAGGAGAAUUGGGUUGGGUGGGGUUGCGGGAGGGUGAGGAUGGAUUUCACCGAGUUGGAGGGGGUGGAGGGUGUGCGUCUCGUGUGGAACGAAUGGCCCAGCUCCAGGAUUGAGGCUACGCGACUCGUGAUUCCCUUCGGCGUCAUGUGCACGCCUCUGGGACCGAUCCCCGAGCUGCCGUUGCUUCCGUAUGAGCCGAUUUUUUGCAAGGGGUGCCGAGGAGUGUUGAACCCGUAUUGCAGGUAUGAUACCGACGCCAAGAUUUGGGUGUGCCAGUUCUGUUUUCAGCGCAAUCACUUCCCUGCGAGUUAUCAUCAGAUCAGCCAGCAGAGCCUGCCGCGGGAGCUUUUUCCUACGAGUGGGGUCGUGGAGUAUGUUCUGUCGCAUCCCCUGCCUGGGCUGGGUAGCUCCUCGGGGAUGUAUUCCCCGGGUAGGGCUGCUGGAGCUGGUGGUGCGAUUUGGCCUCCUGCGUUCCUGUUUGUGGUAGAUACUUGUGUGACCGAGGAGGACUUGACUGGUUUGAGGAGCGCCCUGAAGCAGCUGAUGUCGUUGAUGCCUGAGACGGCACUCGUGGGGCUUAUUAGUUACGGUACCAAUGUCCAGGUUCACGAAUUGGGAUAUGCAGAUUUAGCCAAGACAAUUGUUUUUCGAGGAGACAGGGAAGUUUCAACACAACAGGUUCACGAGUUCUUAGGUCUUACAGUCAAACAGUUGCGAGGCACAGGGCCCAGUAGUAUUGGUUUGUCAGGCGUAGGACGAUUCUUAUCGCCUGUUGCGGAGUGUGAAUUCAGCCUGUCGACUGCUCUUGACGAACUUCAACCCAAUCCUUUCUUUAAGGAGCUUGGUCAUCGACCGAAACGAGCAACAGGGGCAGCUUUGUCUGUGGCAGCAAGUUUGAUGGAAGGAUGUGUUCCAAAUAUUGGGUCACGCAUCAUGCUGUUUGUUGGAGGGCCUGCCACAGUUGGACCUGGUAUGAUUGUGGAGACUGACCUAGCUAAAAGCAUUCGAACCCACCAAGACCUUGAUAACGAUCGUGCACCUCAUUAUAAAAAGGCUUGCAAGUUUUAUAGCCAAUUGGCACAACGACUGGUCGCAAACAGUCAUGUGCUGGAUAUUUUUGCAUGCUCUCUUGAUCAGGUAGGCUUGGCAGAGGCAAAGGUUGCUGUUGACAACACUGGAGGGAUGAUUGUUAUGGCCGAGACUUUUGAUUCUGAGCAGUUCAAGAAGUCCUUGCAACGAUUGUUUGAUAGAGAUGCCGACGGUCUCCUGAAGAUGGUGUUCAAUGCAUCUGUUGAAGUCAUGACAACUCGAGAAGUGAAAGUUUGUGGGGCAAUCGGGCCCUGCAGUUCUUUGCAAAAGAAGGGUGCAUCUGUAAGUGAAACUGAGGUUGGCACUGGAGGAACAAGUGCGUGGAAACUUUGCACCUUGAACAACAAGACAUCACUUGCUUUCUACUUCGAAGUUGUGAAUGCUCACUCGAAUACUAUACCAUCAGGGACAGCGUUUUUCAUUCAGUUUAUAACUCAAUAUCAACAUGGGAGUGGUCAAAUGAGGUUACGUGUUUGCACAAUUUCAAGAAGGUGGUGUGAUGCGGACCAUGUACAAGAUUUAUCUGCUAAUUUUGAUCAGGAGACUGCAGCGGUUGUGAUGGCACGACUUGCUGUAUUUAAGACCGAGCAUGAGGAAGUCUUUGAUAUAAUGAGAUGGUUAGAUCGAAUGCUUAUAAGAGUAGCUGCGAAGUUCGGAGACUACACAAAAGAGGACCCACAGUCGUUUCGAUUAGCAUCUAAUUUUUCGCUGUAUCCUCAGUUUAUGUUUCAUCUCCGGCGUUCUCAGUUUUUACAGGUGUUCAACAAUACGCCUGAUGAAUCUGCAUUCUACAGACUAAUGAUUAACAGAGAAGGGGUGGUGGGAUCGCUCGUUAUGAUUCAGCCCACACUUUUCUCCUAUUCCUUCGACGGACCUCCAGUACCAGUCCUCUUGGAUGUCAGUUCUAUUGGACCUGAUCGGAUACUUCUGUUCGACUCUUACUUCUUUGUUGUUGUACAUUUUGGUUCAACGAUUGCACAAUGGCGUAAAUUGGGUUAUCACAAGGAUCCACAACAUGAGAAUUUUAGGAAACUUUUGGAGGCUCCGAUCGAGGAUGCCGAGGCGCUUUUGUCAGAAAGGAAUCCUCUACCCAGACUCGUUGUCUGCGAUCAGCAUGGUAGCCAAGCGCGGUUCUUGUUGGCAAAACUGAAUCCGUCUAUAACCCACAACAGCAACCAGCAGGGUUCCGAGGUUAUCUUCACUGAUGAUGUCAGCUUACAAGUGUUUACAGAACACUUGCAAAGAUUAGCGGUGCAGGGAUAAAGUCAGUGGUGCAGGGACAGAAUUACUCCACGCAAUGGCAUUCUAUGUGGGGGUAAGGAGGGACUACAGCAGAUUCUAAGAUUGUAGGGCUAAAAACUACGUAUCCGAACUAGCUUUUUGUAGAAGUGGGAAAUGGAACACUGAGUCUGGAGGCUCAACCAAGGAAUCUGUGGUGCUUUGACUACAUGAGUCAGUGAUGCGUAGUUCAAAACAGGCUUGGUUGUUGAGAGGUUUGAUUCUUAUCACUUCAACUCCUGUUGGCAACGAGCAUUUAGAGCCAAGAUUGCGCUUAUCAUUGUUCAGAUGGCAGUGGAGGCUUACAAGAAAGCAGACAUUCCACAUGACUGGAUCCAAGGAAAAUGCGAAAGGAGAAUGGUUCAAAGUUGAGGCUAUGUUACUUGUGCAGUGAAACAAAAAUGUUAACUUUCUACCCGUGUGUGAAUCCUAGACGGAUCUAAGACCGUCGGAGUACACAAGCUAGUGACUCUGGUUUGAUUUUUAUGCUCUUGUACGGCCGAACGCAGGUUUUAAGCUUGUAUAAAAUUUCGGAGGACUGGGUUAGAUAGUUUAUAUAGGUUUUUCAGAACAUUGUCAUCUUUGUGGUUCCCGAGUAGAGGAUAAUUUUCGUGCUUGCUGUAUUGGAACAUCAAAGAAUUGAACGUUGGUGGUAUAGUGAAGAAUUGUAAUAUUUACACUAGAGAAUCAUUUGUUUCCAUGUCGUUUUGAUUUAAUGAUUAUCUCCUGUCACUCGA